AUGAAAGACUCGAAAGUGAUUUGUCAACUAUGUUGUCUGAAAUUGGUGAAAAAGAAGAAGACUAAACCACAGUAUGUGUCCAAACCGCUCCCAGCUGAUCCAUAUUUGGAUAUGAAGGCAAUGGCGUUGACCAGUGUGCUUUUCUUGCAGGAUGACCUAUUUGCGCUUAAAAAGGUCAACAAACUGGAUCGGGAAGCACUCACAACCAAGAACAUUCCGGAUGAACAAUAUGAUGAACAAUUUGUUCAACUUUUUCCCGAAUCAUUUGUUCUGAAAGCGUAUCUAUUGAAUAAUUCUCGACAAAUCGCACGUCUUGGUCUUUUGGCCGGUCUGCAAAUGGUUUCAGUAUGA